AUUACGUGACCUUGCGUGCGUUGUAGGCUGCCCAUCAUCCGCAAUUUUUUUUUUUUUUUUUUUUUUGACAGCCGCUCUCUCCUCCUCCUCUCUCCUCUGUUUGUUUCCCCCCUACGCAGCCUCCUAUUUCCCACAAUGCUCAGCGGACACCACCACCAAGAUGGCCGACGCUAUGGAGGAAUAUGAGAAAGAAGCUGGCUGCGUCCCUAUUCUCCAUCCCGAGGAAAUCAAACCCCAGAGUCAUUACAAUCACGGCUACAGCGAGAAUGUCGGCCGCAAAAACCACGUGGACGACUACAGCACCUGGGACAUCGUCAAGGCCACACAGUACGGCAUCUUCGAGCGCUGCAGGGAGCUGGUGGAGGCGGGCUUCGACGUUCGGCAGCCAGACAAAGAAAACGUGACACUCCUCCACUGGGCCGCCAUCAACAACAGGAUAGACUUGGUCAAGUACUACAUAUCAAAGGGAGCCAUAGUUGACCAGCUGGGGGGAGAUCUCAACUCUACACCACUGCACUGGGCCACCAGACAAGGCCACCUGUCCAUGGUGGUGCAGCUCAUGAAAUACGGUGCAGACCCGUCUUUGAUCGAUGGCGAGGGCUGCAGCUGCGUCCAUCUGGCCGCUCAGUUCGGCCACACCUCCAUCGUGGCUUACCUUAUUGCCAAAGGACAGGAUGUGGACAUGAUGGAUCAGAACGGCAUGACUCCUCUGAUGUGGGCGGCUUACAGGACACACAGUGUGGAUCCCACCAGGCUGCUACUGACCUUCAACGUCUCGGUCAACCUGGGCGACAAAUACCAUAAGAACACGGCGCUGCACUGGGCCGUGCUGGCCGGCAACACCACCGUCAUCAGCCUGCUGCUGGACGCCAAUGCUAACGUUGAUGCACAGAACAUCAAGGGUGAGACACCGCUGGACCUAGCCAAGCAGAGGAAGAAUGUUUGGAUGAUCAAUCACCUACAGGAAGCACGGCAAGCUAAAGGCUACGACAGCCCGUCCUACCUGAAAAGACUGAAGAUGGACAAGGAGUUCAGACAGAAGGUGAUGCUGGGAACUCCCUUCGUCGUCAUCUGGCUGGUCGGCUUCAUCGCCGACUUGGACAUCGACUCCUGGCUCAUCAAGGGCCUCAUGUACGCCGGUGUCUGGGUCGCCGUGCAGUUCCUCUCCAAGGCUUUCUUCGACCACUCCAUGCACAGUGCUCUCCCUCUGGGAAUCUACCUGGCAACCAAGUUCUGGAUGUACACCACCUGGUUUUACUGGUUCUGGAAUGAUCUCCCGUUUGCCACCGUCCACGUGCCCUUCCUGAUUAACACUCUAGCUCUGUUCUACAACUUCGGCAAAUCCUGGAAGUCCGAUCCAGGAAUCAUCAAAGCGUCAGAGGAGCAAAAGAAGAAGACUAUCGUGGAGCUGGCAGAGACAGGCAGUCUGGAUCUGAGCAUAUUCUGCAGCACCUGCUUGAUACGGAAACCCAUCCGUUCCAAACACUGCGCCGUGUGCAACCGCUGCAUCGCCAAGUUCGACCACCACUGUCCCUGGGUGGGCAACUGCGUGGGAAGUGGAAACCACCGCUACUUCAUGGGCUAUCUGUUCUUCCUGCUCUGUAUGAUCUGCUGGAUGAUUUACGGCUGCAUCUCCUACUGGAAGAUCCACUGUGCCACCAGUUAUGCCAAGGAUGGUUUCUGGCAGUACCUCACCCAGAUCGCCUCCUGCUCCCCGUGGAUGUUCUGGAUGUUCCUCAACAGCAUCUUCCACUUCAUGUGGGUGGCCGUGCUAAUCAUGUGUCAGCUCUACCAGAUCGCCGCUCUGGGAAUCACCACCAACGAAAGGAUGAACGCUCGGAGAUACAAGCACUUUAAAGUCACAGCCACAUCCAUCGAGAGCCCAUUCAACCACGGCUGCAUCAGAAACCUCAUAGAUUUCUUCGAGAUCCGCUGCUGCGGCCUGAUCCGGCCCGUGGCCGUGGACUGGACCACGCAGUACACAAUAGAAUACGACCAGACGUCUGGCUCGGGCUACCAGCUGGUGUAGAGGAGGAGGAGGAGGAGGAGGAAGGUGACGAGGAAGGGGGUGGGGAGCAGCGGGGUGGGAGUGGAGUGUAACCCGGAUGGAUGCGAGCGAAGUUUUUUGGAAGGAUUUCCUCUCCCCGCCCUCCCCUACCGAAGUUCAUACCUGAGCGAUGCUGUUCUCGGGAGCGCUUGCUUUUUUGGACCAUCUCUCCCUCACCGAUCAAAUGACUUCUGGGGAAAAAAAAUAAUCAUAAAUAAAUCAGCCAGGACGAGCAUGCUGUAACGGGGCGACACCACACCCACACACACCUCCCCUUUACUCCUUCUGCCCACUCCACCACCGCCACCUUUACUACUAUUACUACUACUAUUACUCUCCAACAUCAGACUUCAUUACUGUACCCUCACCGCUACCUAGCCCCUCCACCUCCUCUCUUCUCCCGAGCCAUUUGGACGGUGCGCUUGCUGCCAGGCACGAGCGGAGAGGAGAGAGGAAUUGCAAAAUGAGAGCUCUUCAGUUUGUACCGGAGACUCGACGCUGCGGAGACGGCAGCGCCACAAAGAGGCAGAGUCGCCCCUUUUUCCCCUCCUCCCCUCUUUCUAUCUUAUUUAUGGUGUCCCCGUCCGUGUGCCCUGUAUGUGUGUGUUGUCUUCAAUUGGUUCAGGAAUUCUGUUCCUGUGGUAAUUAGCCCCGAUGGAAACUAAAAGAAGGUUGCUUUUUUUCUUUCUUUUUUUUUUUUUUUUUUUAAAGUAUGAUUAGAAAUAAGGGAAUGUCUUCUUAAGGUCUUGAUUUUUGCACCGGUUCCGAGCGGAGCUGAGGAUCCGCUAGCGUUGCUGAACUUAUCAGAGGCGGGUGUUGGGUUGCAGGUGGAGCCGCUGGAGAAACCCCACUUCUCACCUGCUGAAACUAAAGCUGCACCCACAGACCACACAAAUUCAGUAAAGUUCUUUUUUCCUUUUUGUUAUUAUUGUCAUUAUUAAAUCAAUAACGGUUGUCGUGCAGUAUUAACGCAGGAAUACGCGAAAUGGGACUCCUUCAGCUGGCACCACUCUAAACAGAUAAUAUCCUACAGACAAUGUGAUACAGGAAUAUUUAUUUUAAAACUAUUUAUAAAUAAAAAAAAAGUAUCUUCUAGCGCCAUCAUUUUUACAUUUCAAGUCAUUUUAGACGAGUUUUUAUGGAAGGAAAAAAAAAAGUAGCUGUUAAACAUGGAAGCCUGAGAACAGGUACAGCGAGUAUAUUUAUUAACAGCAGAGUAUAAGAAAAAGGACGGACGAAGAAAGAUUCAUUCCAUGUAUGUUUUUUCUGUAGAGGCUGUAAAGUUUGUGUGUUUUGUCUGCCUACAACAUUGCACUGAUUUUUUUUGUUGUUGUUGUUUUUUUUAGUAUUUUUUUUUUUAUUUUAUUUUAUUUAGCCAUUACUGAACAUAAGGCCCAGCAGCACAGCUCCACACCUCCUUUUGUUUACAGAGAGGAAAGAGGAGGGGCCUAAGUUGACAUGGCCGCCUCCCAUCUCCUUCUGUCUGGACCCUGGUUGGCUACACAGCUGCAGCAGGAUCGGACUGAAAUGUAAAGAAUGUGCAUCUGUACAUAGACACUAUCUGUUCUUAUUUUCCUUUGCGUCAGUGUUAGUCGAAGGUGCUCCUUGAUCCUUUUUUUUUUUUUCUUUUCUUCCAAGCAAAGUGAAAGGAGAAACCGACUAUACUCCAAGUGUAUGACUGUAGCUUUUAGUGAUGUCCGACACUGCUGUCUAUAGGCAUUUUAACCCCUUAAUACCCAGAAUCCCCCUCCGCCAAAAAAAACUCACCUGCAUGUACGAUGCUUGGGACAGCCGGGCCCUCGCUGCCCCCCGCCCUCCCCCUCCCCGUCCGUCAUCGCCAUGGUGACAGCCCGGCCAGCCACGUGUCUGUAUAUAGUGAAUGUUAAGUAUUUGCAAGUACUUUCCUGCAUUAUGUUCAUUUGUCUGUUUCAUUUUUUUUUUUUUUUUUUUUAAUAGUUCCUUUCUCUCGGAUCCAGUGCGUUUAGUGGAAGUUGUCGCCAGAUUUCCACCCUCCCCGUGCAAGUGUGUAAUAUAUCUGAAUGUUUCAUGCUUGUGGUCAUCCAAAAGGGUUGUGUUUUCUUUUCUUUUUUUUUUUUUAAUUCCUUUGUCGUAUAUUGCUGGGUUUGUUAUACCACUGGAUGUACAAAUUGUAAAGCAAAGACACUAGAGAACUAAGGCAGACGCCGAUUUUUUUCUUUUCUUUUGUUUUCUAAAAGCUGAAAUGUGAUCAUGCAAUAGUUUUAACGAUAGAGGGAGGUUAUAUUAUAUUUAAAGGCCUCCGAAUUGUUUGGGCCUCGUGUUUGCAUCAUCAGAAGGGGACGGUCAUGUCGUCAUUCCACGUUCCAGACUUCCAUCUCAACCCACCGACGUCACGGCUGCCCUACAAAGACGACACACAGCAGCUGCUUUUCUUGUGCUCUAAAGGUCAGAGGUCAUGACUUGGCUGUUUUCAUAUCAGUACCUGUAACUAGCCACUCUUGUUCCAGUAAUAACUCCUUCUAAGUGACCACUGGUAAAUGCGGGCUGUUUGUUUUUUUUUAGGGCAGAGUUGAACACUUCAGGUUCACCCAGGACAUGAAUCCAUCUCUGUACUAGUUCUUCCAGCAGCCUGAAAAAGUCUCUGUUCUGUCUCCCCUCUCACCUCACCGUGUGGGAUUAGAAAAGAAGAAGAAAG